AUGCAACAAUAUCAGCCUCCACCGCCAUACAAUUAUCAAUUUACACCCAACGAUCAACAAACACCAUUAAAACAAGUCCCUAUUCAACAACAACCCAUAUUUCAGCAGCCCGGUAACCCUACGCCUCCUCAUCAAUCGACAUCAGCUGUGCAAUGGGUGACUCAGCCUCAACAUGUUCAACCUGGUAUCCCACCAGGUUUAAGUUAUUUAGUUGAUGUUGAUUAUUUAGCUUUGAAACAGAAUCCUAGUAUAACACAAAGUAAAUAUUAUAUUACAAAAAGAUUCAAAUGUUGUGCUGGUUGUUGUUGGUGCGCAGGUGCUGGUUGUUGUGCACAUGAAGUUUUCGUUGAAUCACCACCUGGUAUGAUUGUUGGGAGUGUAACACAAGAAUGCAGUUUUCUGCGUGGUCAUUAUACGUUGAGGGAUGCAGCGGGUGAAGCUGUACUUAAAGCGGUUGGCCCUUUCUGCAUAUGUCAAGGUGUCUGUUGUUGUUGUUGCGAAAAUAAAUUCACAACUGAAGUUGGUGCAAUCUUCAAAGAAUAUGCAGGGUUUGUCAAUGAAGCAUUUACUGGAGCUGAGGCCUAUACAAUUCAGUUUCCACAAAAUUUGUCUGUACAAAUGAAAGCUGUUGCGUUAGCAACGCUAUUUCUUGUUAAUUAUGUGUAUUUUGCUCGUAAUAGCGAUAAUCAAGGUUUACUUGGUAUCUAUGAAUUAUUGCGUAAUUUUGAAUUUGGUCUGCGUACAACAGAUUUGGUCGACUGCUCUAUACAACUUAAAAGCCCUAUAAUACCGUUGUUAUUUGAAGAUAUUGAAUGGCCACCAAUUGGUUUAAGUACAGCAAUGGCUGAAUAUCUUUAUAUACGAUUUUAUUUAAAACAAAAUGAAAAACAAAAUAUAGUAGCGACUAGCGAACAGUUUGGUUAA